GCCGUGAGCGGCCGCACGAUCACGAAAUGACCCGGCAUCAAGACCUCAGGAUCCGAGGGGUCGGACGACAUUGCGAACAGCGGCCGAGAGUUAGGCACGGCUUCAACCUUGGCCAGCACGGUGGCGUACUGCUAAAAGCCGCCUCCCAAAGCCCCCCGAAGUUCGGUGCACCAGGAGGGACACAACUCCUCGUUAUAUUCCGGACUGUCGACCGUCCGUCGAGCAGCAAGAACUGGCUUCUCAAGAUGGCAAGCAAGGCCGGACACUGGAGCAGCCCCGCGAGCAGGUGCUCCUCGUGGUAAUCUGGUCCGUGACCCGAUGCUUGGGUUCUAAAUGGCAGCUCCAAUUGCUGCACUCUACCUCCUACUCGGAAAGACACUGGAGCUUUCCGACCGAAUCGUUCUCGGCCACCUGCUGUAUCUCCUGGGCUGCACCACCUUCGUCGUUCAGGGAGAUGGCGGAGGCAUCGGAAACGACCCACAACUCGGUCGUUGAGUUCGAGGAGCGGAGAAUGGCAUGGUGGGACAAGAAGUAGCGGCCAAGGUUAGAUCCGGGUCUCGGUUGAAUCGCUUCUCCAGCGACAGAAAAGUGCGAGGCUGCGGUUGUCGUCGAGUCUGGCGACGACGAGGCGGAAUGGCAAGCGAACCUCGAUAGGGUCUCACCUUUGAGUGGAGCGGAAGUGUGGCAGUGUGGACCAGGAACGGUGUCCCUGACCUCGCCUGCGACGACCCAACCCAGAUGCCUGAAGAACAUGGACAAUCCGAGCAGCAACUCGAUGCGGUCCGGAGUCUGAAGGCGGGAUCGGCCAGCUGGAUGCACUCCGGAAUCGUCCAGUCAGCGAAGUUUACCGGCGACGACAGAAUCAGUCCAGUCACAUUAGCCACGAUCAAGCACUCAACCUUCAUCGUGAAGCUGUUGUACGGGGACUGGAGCUUUGCCAUAGACUCUGAAAUAAAGUUGACCUGCGAACCGUUGUCCAGCAGGACUCGGCACGGCACAGGGGUGUGGAUAGCUAGAGAAAUGGGCGCCAAGAUGUCUCGCCGUAAAGGGCGAAAGGCCGCUACGGCCGCGGAAGAGGCCACCCCGGAGAUUCGAGUGGACGAAACGGACGUUGACCGGGUUGCGGGUGGCGGACGGGUUGACGGGGGAAUCGAUUUGGCGGGGGGAGCUUCGGAACCGGAUCCGCCGGUUUCGGAAACAAAAUUUAUUGAUUCUUGUUUUGGCCACUCCAUUGAACCGGCGGAUCCUGUUCCGGAAGCCCCGGUGGUAAUUGAAAUUUUACUAAAUAACCCUUUGGAAAAUUCUGCGGCGGUUUCGAUUCCGGAACCGUCCGUAGAUCAAAAUUCUACUUUGAUUGAUUUGUCUUUUUCAGGGGUAUGCCAGGGCCAAAUUGAUGAGGUUGUUCCGAUACUGGAUUCGCCGGUUCCGGAAACAAAAUUUAUUGAUUCUUGUUUUGACCAAUCCGUUGAACCGGCGGAUCCGGUUGCGGAAUCUCCGACGGUAAUUGAAAUUUCCAUAAAUAACGUUUCGGCCAAUGCUACGGUGGUUCCGAUUCCGGAACCACCUGUAGAUCAAAAUUUUUUAAUGACUCUUUCAGGGGUAUGCCAGGGCAAAAUUGAUGAGAUUACCGCUGUUCCGAUACCAGAUCCACCGGUCACGGAGCAAAAUUCAUUUGACAAUCCUUUGGUUGAUUCCGAAAGACCGGUGGAUCUGGUUGAGGAAUCAACGGUAAUCGAUUCUGUUGCAUGUUCGGAACCUACUGCGGCGGCUUCCACUUUGGAACCGCGCGCAGAACGGUAUGUUCGUAAAUUUGAUUUGUCCAUUUCAGACUCUUCGGAGGGAGUUCCGGAACCUCGAAAUUUAAAAACAUCGCAAAAUUCUAAAAAAUCCGCUCGAUUUUCAGAUUUGGCCCAGGUUAAAGAGUUCACAGUGUCGGAAUCUUCAAUUCCGACCCUGUACUCGGUUCCGGUGAAAGGUUGUCCGGAAACGGUGCCGGAACUGCCUCCACAAAAUUCAAAUGAAGUAAAAUAUUUUUGGUGUUACACCUGUCAAAAUUCUCGUACUAAUUCUUUGCCCUGGUUGCUGCGAUUGCGGUAUUCCAAAUUAUCGAUGUAUUUGCGCCAUUUGUUUUGUAGUUCGAUGUUUUGCGCAGUUAUUUGUUUGGUAGUUUUUGUUUGAAUUGUUUAAUGUUUUUUUCUCGUUUCAUGAGCUGUUUCUAGUUUUGACCGUUUCUUGGUUACCGAUGAUGAGACGAUUGGAUUGAAGAUUUCAGAGUAAACUUAAUAUUAUUGAUGAUGAUGACGAUGAUGGUGAUGAUGAUGAUUAUAUGACGAGCAAGACGAUGAUGCAGAUGAUGGAUGGACGAAGAUUUGAUUCUAUGAGAUGAAUUUUGGAUGGAUUAGCAAGAUGCCGAAUCACUGGACCGAAUGACGAUACCGACGGAGAGGCCUUUUUGAAGAUCUGGAAGACUGAAGAUUUUGUUUUAUAAUGAAAUGUAUUAUAUUUUUGAAAUGUAUUUUUGCAUUGUUUGUAAUAAAUUUUUUGAAC